AUGUGUCCCCGGACUGCACUGCGGCUUGUCCCCGGGAUGCUCUGUGCCCUCCUGCUCCUGGGGGGAGUCCUGAGCACACAGCAGCAAGGGAAGGAGGAAGGUGAGUGUCCCCUGCUGUGGGGGUGGGGACAGCAGAGGGCCCGCACCCGGACAGCCCCCGCUCAGAGGGCCCGCGACUAUGUGCUCAGAGCUACAGCCCCACAUUUGCCCCCAGACUGGGACCACCCCACCUGCACGCAGGACCCGGUUACCGUACCCCAGGGCCAGCAGGCUGUGAUGACCUGUAACAUCUCUAAUACCUACGCCCAAGUCAUCGUCUCCCUGACUGGCCCCGGGGGACACUCCGAGGAGCUGUUUGAUGUGAAAGCCCCCAACUAUAUCUCAAGGGACGGGUGGCAGUUACGGGUGCAGGGUCGGGUGGCCCAGCUGCUGGUGGCCAAGGCAGAGUUGAACCAGACAGGAACAUACACCUGGACGCUGCAGGGGAAGCAGUGGGAGCACAGGAGCACCGUCCUGAACGUGACUGAGCCCCCCUUUGGAGCGGCAGUGGGCAGUGGUGGGCUGCCCUGGUGCGGGGACCCCGGCUGUGCGGGUGCGGAGGAAGAACCGCGCCCUGCUGCAGGCGCCCUCCGCGCCCUGCCCAAGGACAGGUCGCAGUCCGCAGUGCUCUGGAGCGUCGCCUUUGCCGCCCUGUGUGUCCUGGCGCUGCUCUGCGCCGUGGAGGGCAAGCGAGGCCGGUGCAUGCAGUUUUCUGCCACCAAGUGCAUGGAGGAACAGGAGAGUGACCACAUGCAGCUGACCUCUGGACUCCAGCCCUGACCCGGCCCCCGGCCUGCUCCCCAUGUGCUGGGUGACUCCUUCAGCCUGAGGGGCCAUUCCUGGGCCUUCAGGGGGACUCUGGGCUCGCUGGGGCAGCUGGGAGGUUUGGGGGCUCGCCUCUGUGGCACCCAGGUCCAGAGCAGACUCCCCCCUCACCUGUGCUCUGGGCCCUGAAUGGUCAGCGACCCCACGCAGUCCCCAGCCACACACACAGAUGCACGCACACAUGUGCUCAGAGAUGCAGACACGUGUGCACAUGCACACCAUGUGCACUCAGACAUGUGUGCACACAGAUACAGGCACCAUUUCUCUAUGCUCUCUUCCCCAACCAGUUAAUCAGCUUUCCCCCAAUCAGACUCUGUUAAUUUGUAAGGUCAGACCUUUCUAGGACACUGAACUUGUAUUGUAAGUUGAUAUUUCCUUUC